AUGUUCUAUCUAUCUAUCUAUCUAUCUUGUUUAAUGUUCGAUCUAUCUAUCUAUCUAUCUAUCUAUCUAUCUAUCUAUCUAUCUAUCUAUCUAUCUAUCCGAUUGGCUAAUGUUCUAUCUCUCAUCUAUCUAUCUUGUUUAAUGUUCGAUCUAUCUAUCUAUCUAUCUAUCUAUCUAUCUAUCUAUCUAUCUAUCCGAGUAAGUUCCUCCGGAAAAUAUUAUUUGUUUGUUUGUUUGUUUUUUUGUUUCUUUCUUUCUUUCUUUCUUUCUUUCUAUUUAUCUGUCUAUCUAUUCCCAUACCCACCUCGGAUUUGUUCUAUCUAUCUAUCUAUCUAUCUAUCUAUCUAUCUAUCUAUCUAUCUAUCUAUCUAUCUAUCCCAGUCUUUUGAUAUGUGUGUAUGUAUGUAUGUAUCUAUCUAUCUAUCUCAAUCUGUUGAUAUCUAUUUCAGUCCGUUGAUGUCAAUGUAUAUAUGUAUGUAUGUGUGUAUCUAUGUAUCUCAAUCUGUUGAUAUCUAUCUAUCUAUCUAUCUAUCUAUCUAUCGAUCUAUCUAUCUAUCUAUCUAUCUAUCUAUCAGUCUGUUGAUAUCUAUGUUGAUAUCUAUCUAUUUCAGUCUGUUGACAUCUAUGUUGAUACCUUUCUAUCUAUUUCAGUCUUUUGAUUCUGUUGAUAUCUAUCUAUCUAUCUAUCUAUCUAUCUAUCUAUCUAUCUAUCUAUCUAUCUAUCUAUCUAUCUAUCUCAGUCUGUUGAUAUCUAUCUAUCUAUCUAUCUAUCUAUCUAUCUAUCUAUCUAUCUAUCUAUCCAAACCUUUUAAUUAUCACUCUAUGUCUGUCUCUCUGUCUGUCUGUCUAUCUAUCUAUCUAUCUAUCUAUCUAUCUAUCUAUCUAUCUAUCUAUCUCUGUGCAAUUUUACAAUAG